UGGCUCUUGCGGACGCGUUGAUCCCGCACACAGCCAAAAGCGGCUAAGCCGAGUGUGUGUGUUCCAGUCAAUGUGCUUCCAGCGCGCGCACACUUCAUCAGUAUCGGAGGGUCGCGCACGUUUUGAAGAGGAGCAAGGAGCCAAAAGGUGCAUCGCUUCAUCGCAGAGCGAACCUCCAUCGGCGGAGUCGAGGAUGCUGUCACACCGCACCGUGCUUGUGGAGUGCGGGUAGUGCACGUCUCGCAGCCCCGGGACCAGAACCGGAACCGGGAACACGUCGCUCCGGUGCUUUGGCAGGAGUUAGUGCACUUUACAGCAAGCCGGACGACUUUCUUUGCGCCUGCACUGCAAUUAGUGACAUUCUAAUGGACAAUAUCUUUUUUUAAUUUUUUUUUUAUUGAAGCUACAAAGACAGUUUUAACAAUACGGCCGAAAUGGGACUUUUUUAACUAUGCCAUUAUGGGACUUUAUACAAAAGGAGCUGUGGGUACUUUAACACCUGAUUGGAUUAAGGAAUAAUAGGGCAGAAUUUUUAAUUUCUCAAAUUUACUCAUUAUUAUUUUUUUGUGUGCGCUUCUCUCAAUUUGGUACAGACAUGUCUUUGUGCCAUCACUACGCCGUACAAAUACGCGCACGAAACUUUGGUGUAUCAUUAGAGAGCCGGGCGGCGAGGUAAAUACAAUUAUUAUAAAUGCAUUUUUAAAGAAGUAAAAAUAGAACUUUUUUGAUUCGUUCAGACUUUUAAAGCUCACUGAAUUGUAGUUUGCAUUGCUGUUGGGAACAGACUGCUUAACAGUCUGCCCAAUAAAUUGCAAUCUCACGAUCAUGUGGGAUUAAUGUUAGAGUAUUAUGUUUGGGCUGGAAAAGUUUGGUUCUCAGAAUAAUAGCAGACACCCCGGCCAGUCAGAGAGACAGAAAAACCAACCGAGACUGAACAUGGGCUCCCAUUAUAAAAGCACCAGUUUUCACACUGGAGGUCCACCUGGAGCUGUGGAGCCCAGCAUGGGCCCCAUGAGUGACCCGCAGAUGCUGGGACUUAACAUGAACAUGAACGGAGAACAGUAUGGAGGUUUUCACUCCCGGAGUCACUCCGACAUGCAUGCGAGCGGUGGACUUCAGCAGCAGCAAGGACCCAUGCAUGGAUUUUUUAACAACCAGCAACCUCAUCAAGGACAUCCUCACGGCCAUCAACCUCACCCCCACCAACAUCACCCUCACUUCAGUGGGAAUUUUGGAGGCCCGGAGCCAGGGUCAUCGUGCCUGCAUGGUGCCAGGCUAAUGGGCUACAAUAACAAUGCCAUGGGACCGCAGCAGGGCUUUGGAGAGGGAUUUGAUCCUCUUGCUGAGGGACAGGCAGGGGAUGGCUUCCCACAGCAGCAACAGCAGCAGCAGCGGCCUGGUAACAUGCCUGAUUUCCAACAUCACGGUCCUCCCAGUGGCAGCCAUGCUGUUCCUGCUCCCUGCCUUCCCCUAGACCAGUCACCUAACAGGGCAGCCUCUUUCCACGGUCUGCCUUCAUCCUCCUCAUCCUCUUCCGAUUCUCACAGCCUUGAGAACAGACGGAUGCCCAACCAGGGAGCUGUGGAGGGAUUAGAUUAUAACUUCCCCAGUGAUCCCCCGUCUGGACAUUUUGACGUACCUGUAUUUUCACCGACUGAGUCAGAGUCGCAGUUGCCCCAUUUCGGCCCCGGACGGCCAGUACCCGGUGGGAAUUUUCCAGGAAACCCUGGCAUCCCUCGGGCGCCGGGCAUGCAGGGCAUCUCCAAGGGACAUCAACCUCCACCUCCCCAGCAGCCUCAACAUGGAAUCUUUUUUGAGCGAUUUGGAAAUGGCCGGAAGGUGCCCGUGGGAAUGGACCCGGGGGUCAAUGCGAGACAUCCUCUCAUGCAACAGCAACAACAGGCUGGCUUGAUAGCUAGACAGAACUCCUGUCCCCCUGGCCUCCCCCGACCCCCUCAGGCCGAGUCUGGCACCGGUAACCCGAACAUUCUGGACGGAGGGGUCAUGAUGAGUGGCCAACACAAUCAGUUUGAGUAUCCCAUUCACAGACUGGAAAAUAGGGGUCUGCAUCCCUAUGGGGACCCCAUGUUUAAUAUGCAACAGCAAGCUCCCCUUCCCUCCCAACAGCCCCCAAAUCAGAGACUACAACACUUUGACGCUCCUUAUAUCAACAUGGCGAAAAGACCUAGAUUUGACUUUCCAAACGCGCAUGGGGGUGAAGGAUGGUGUGGUGGCAUGGAAAAUCACCUCUCUCCCUCUUCCUACCCAGGGCUGCCAGGUGAGUUCACCCCACCUGUGAAUGAAGGUUUCCCACCGGGUCCGUUGCAACACACGGGGCCUGAGCAGCAGUCUUUACAGCAGCGACAGAAUGCAGCCAUGAUGAUCAAACAGAUGGCUUCCCGCAACCAGCAGCAGAGAAUGAGGCAGCCCAGUCUGCAGCAACUCGGUCACCACGGUGACGUGCCGCCUGGCCCACUGGGUCAUGGAGGCCCGGUGGGGGGCAUGCCUCAGCCCAACUUUGACAGGGAAAAUGGAGGUCGAAUGGCCAGUGUUGAUGGGCAAAAUCCGCACGUAAACCAGGAGAACUCCUGGUUUCAAGGGUCCCACCCUCCUGGAGAGAUGAUGUCACGACGUAUGGGAGGAGCAGGCAAUGACUCAGGGCCCCAUGACAUGGGUCUCCAGCAGAAUGGGCCUGGCAUGAUGUUUAGGCCAGGUAUGGCCAUGCAGGAACCCAUGAGAAUACCCGGAGAUGGACAUGUGCAGGCUCUCCAUUCUCCGGGCUUGCACUCGCAGUUCAGCGGCAACAUGGCCAACCUCUCCCAAAUGCAGUCUCCGGGAGCAGGAACAGGACAUCCGAAUGCACCACCAGCAGAGAGGCGACCGCCUGAAUUCCCUGCACCUCCGAUGGGAGCGCAACCACCGUUCCCCUAUGGAGGGGCAAAUCGUCAGGGGCCAGCUCACAACGUUCCCCAGGGGGUGAACACCUCACCAGGGAGCUACCCUCCUCAGUCUGAGUUCCCCCCAGGCCAGCGGUCGUCUGUUAGCAAGCUUGGUGCUCUGUCCCUUGGGAAUUUCAACAAAACCAGCGCUAAAGACAGUGUCUUUGGCCAGAGCUGCCUGGCGGCCCUUUCGACGGCGUGCCAGAACAUGAUCGCAAGCCUAGGGGCUCCCAACCUCAACGUAACAUUCAACAAGAAAAACCAAAAUGAGGGCAAGCGAAAACUGAGUCAGACAGAGCAGGACAUUAAUAGCAGCACAUCUAACGGGACUGGCAGUGCUGCGCCUGAAUAUUUUCAGAGCGGCACUUCUCAGAACAACCAGCUGCCUGGCACUGGGAAUAGCAACGCUAAGCCUGCAAGUCAAAACCAGACGGUGCAGGGGGAAGCCAGUGCCCUCUCCCCAAAUUACAACAUGGACGCUACCCCGUGCAGUGAGGGGAAGGCGACAACAGGGAGUGGGAGAGGGAGAGGGAGGAGAAAAAGAGACAGUGGACAUGUGAGCCCUGGAAUUUUUUUUUCCUCUGAAAAUGGAAACCCUGUUGUGAGUCCAGGCCAGCAAACCCCUGCAGCUGGUGUUGGGGAGAGGGGUGGGGGCACGCCUCAUGAGAAACACCUGCAUUCACCCUCUUGGGGGAAAGGAGGUGACCUAAUGUUGGGGGACCAGGCCGACCUGAUGUCUUCUCUGGACAGCGGCAUUCAAAGUGUCGCCAAGUCUGACAGCAGCUCGCCCCGUGUGGACUUUCCUGAUGAUGUCAGCGCCCACUUUGGCAAUGAGGAAGAGGUGUCCUCUAGCUCAGAUGCGGCAGGCUCCUCGGUCAAUAAGUCCCAUCGCAGCCCGAUGAUCGGGGGCUCGCCUAAAAUGCAAGUAAACGGACAGAAGACCUUAGGCAUAGGCAUCACCAAUCAUACUACCUCGACAGCGGACAGCUAUGGACUGAGUGCUGGUGGAGCCACGGGCGGAAGUGGGGUGAGCCAUCCAGGUACGCCAGGGGUGGAGCAGGUACGCACCCCAUCCAGCACCUCUGGCCAGGACGAAAUCCACCCUCUGGAGAUCCUGCAGGCCCAGAUCCAGCUGCAAAGGCAGCAGUUCAGCAUCUCGGAAGACCAGCCCCUGGCCAUGAAAAACGGCAAAAAGAACGGCGAUUGUCCCGCUCACAACGGAGACAACGAGCUGGCAAGCUGCAGCCCCGAUGCUGGGAAGGGUUCAAUGGGCACUAUUGACCUUGACACACUAAUGGCAGAGCAGCACGCCACCUGGUACGUGCCCAGUGACAAGGCCAUGAUGGACGGGUCCGAAGAUGACAAGUCCAUGGGACUCUGGGAAAAAAACAAGAGCCAAAACAACAACAAAGAAGAAUCUGAGCUGUCCCAGAGUAAAGCUGGAGUCGGGACCCCAGGGGCCAGUGGAGGAGGAGGCGGCGGCGGGGGAGGGGGAGGAGGAGGAGGAGGAGGAGGGAACCACCUUCAGUGCCUGUCUGUCCACUGCACAGAUGAGCUGGGGGACAGUAAGGGCAGAGGAGGGCCCGUUUCUUCUUGGCGCUCUCUCCACUCUGAUAUUUCCAACCGAUUUGGGACAUUUGUGGCAGCACUGACUUGAAUAACAAAGCUGUCCCACCACAAAGGAAGAGAACAAACUAAGAUCAGAGACAAAUGACAAUGAAUGAUGAGGAUCAAAUGUGGAAAGUGCAGGCAUCACUUGCCUGUUCAGGGAGAGAAUGACUUUCACAUACAAAUGCAAAAACAUACACGCACACAUAAGCAGACAUGCAUACAAAUAUCAUUUUAUUGUCAAACAUGCAGUCACUCACUCAGACACCGCUGGACAUCACAGCGUGGGCUCGACAUCGACGCCCCAUCUGGAAAACCUCAAUCCUACAUGUAUAUUUUUUUCUUGGCCUUUUUUUCUGUGGGGGAGGGAGGGGGGUUGUUUUGUUUUAAAGAAAAGUAUAAACUUGUCAAUGAUUAUGACAUAGCAAAAGCAGAUAUAUUCAGUUGCCACUGGCUGUAAUUGUGUAGCGGUGUUGACACGUGAUGUAAUUGGCAGGCUGAGGGUUUUUUUAUGAUGUUAGUAGAUAUGGCCUUUCUGCUCACUCACUUACACGUAGAGCUCUAAUGUAAAUAUAUAUGAACCCGUUGUAAGCAACUGUUACCCAAAAACUUUCAUCAGACGGUCCUAUCUUGAUUAUUUUUGUCCAGAAGUGGAAUUUAUACAGAAGCAUAACUGAAGAUGGAUGAAUAUGCAUGAAUGUAUGUUUUUUUUGAGGGGGGGGGGGAUUUGUUGUGUUUUGCCUCCAUGUCCAAGCAACUUUGUAUCGCUAUCAUUGCUGCUGUUCAUUUAUGUUGUAAGAAACUUCUCUCAUAUUCAUGAGCUCAACCUUGUAUACAAUUCAGCCAAUGGGAACUGAAAUGGAGGCAUUUGCAUUGUUUUAAUAAGGGAAUUGAAAAAAAUGGCUAUUGGUAUUGCACAUGUAUAAUAAGAUUUAAAAAAAAAAAUGCUGUGUGUUGGGCAAUCUUGUAAUCUUUAAAUAAAGCUUCUGUUUGAAUUUCUGAAACAAUAGAUGGAGGACUGUGACAGCAAUUUAUGAACUGAUUUUUUUGUUUACUUUUUAAAAGAUAAGUAAAGUGCAGUCGUCUGUUUUCCUGCAUAUUGUAUAUAUCUGUAUAUGUUUUAUUGAGUAACUAAAUAACAAUAAAUAUGACGUUAAAGGUGGAACUUUA